CCAUGCCAACUAUUUAGAUAACCCACCACCUCAAUCAUUUCCGAUACAACCAUAAUGAGUCUAUUCCUCCCCAAUCCGUGCUUACUAGGCAUUCUCGUGGCGGUCUCAACCCACAGCGGGCCGCUGCUUGUGUAUCACUACCCGCCGAAACCAAAGGCCCACAACUACAAGGCGACGCCGGUGUCGCAGCAGCUCUCACAGGAACUCCUUCAAAACGAAUAUUUUGACGACUUUUCGUCGUCCAGCUCUGGUGACGAGGGCAGGAACGAUGAGAGCGACGCCUCAUCCACCACCUGCUCGAUGACCACUGACUCCGUCGGCUUCCGCAAUCUCCCAGAAGGAAAUUACGUGUCAGGAAAGGCCCUUUUAGAGCUCAUAGAAGAGAAAGAACGCCGCCGUAGCCGCAAAGCGGCCAAACGCAGUGCCCUCCAAGCCAAACUCGCCAAAACAACAUCCCACGACGCAGAGAGCAUCCACAAGGAAGCAGAACAGGAAGUGGAUGACAAAAAAGUGUUUGGGUUCGACGUGGACUUUCUCAGCGAAUUGGUGCAUCCCCCGCACCUGAUCUGCAAUAACCGGUUUGAUCUUUCCGUGGACGACAUGACGUUUGUGGGUUUACCGAUCCAUGUGAAUGACGACGGGACGUGGCGCCGGACUGGGAACGCGUCGCGGCGCUCAAAGUCCAAGAAAUCGUCAUCCAAGGUCAGCGGCGUAUACUCGGCUCAUAGCGAUAACCCAGCCGAACCGGAGGCCUCCGAAGACGAAACCUUGGAGAUGCCCACACUCACCAAACCAGAACCCCGAGACGACUGUCCUAUGCAUAUGUUCCACAUCGUGUUUGUGAUGAAUCCACCGAUUGUGGAGUACAACCAGCGCAUCGACGAGAUGUUCCACUACGUGAUUUCGCGGUUAUCUUUGAUUCUCCGUUACGAACAGGCCAAGUCGAAUUACGUGUGGAACGAGUUGCUCGCGAUCUCCAAGGUCAAGGAGGAGAGUGGAGAUAUGGAUCCACACGAGUUAAGCGAUCGGAUUAUAGCACACUCUUCGCUCGCGCGUGCCGUAAGCUCGUGCUACAACUCCAUUUCCAAUUCCAACAUCGCCAACCUCGAAAUCAACGGAAAGCUCCGCUCGUUCCAGAUUCCUAUCAAGACUGAAUUCUCCACCUUGCUCCCCUCCACUGUUCCGGUACUUCCUGGCUCGUACCUUUCCUCUAUCAACCCCUUCACAGCCGAUACCGAGACCGAAAGCACUGCUGAUGGUUACGACGACAUGGUGCAUCUCGCAUUGCUCCUCUUGGACGACCCGGAGACGAUCAUCAGCGACAUCCAGGCGGAAAAGGAGAGCGUGUUGGCAAACUUUAUCCGCACCAUUAGGGCCACCGAAAGCUUGAACCGGCUCGCCGCAGCGAGCGGGAUGGACAUACAGCAGAUCCAGUCGUUUGCCUCACAUUUGAUCUACUGGCGCCGUGCGCGCAUGAUCCCGCCGAUUCAGGCCCGAAACGUGUACAUAGUAUCGCCGAUGGCGCCGAUUUCGAGUUUAAAACACGACAUGUCGUUGUUUAAACAGCAGUUCCAGGCGCUUCCGUCCUUGUCGCGCUUUUUGUCGCUUCUUUCAUCCAGUAAGCCACGCCAGUAUUCGUCAUUUAUUCCGAGUCACGACCACCGCGACAUGUACUUGGGCGCUAUCGCGUGGUUGAUCCGUCACGGCUAUGUGACCCAGCUUCACACGUACGUGUGGGUCAAAAUCUCCAGCCAGAUCAAGAUGGAGGUGGACGAGGAGUUGGAGAACGAAGCUAUGAAGAACCACACCCGACAGCCCCAAAAGACAAACCCAAAGGCUUCCACGGACAACUCUUCCAAAGUGGUUUCGACGGAUAAUUCUUCCAAGAAGGAAGAGCAGCCAAUUAAGGUUGCCCGCGCGGACAGCAAUACCACCGCCAGGCUCAUCAUAGAAGAUGAGGGGGAUACCAUCUUGUUGGAUCCCGAGAGAGCGUCGGCGAUCGAGCGCAGAUGGGUUGCGAAGUGUCUCGAGGGGAAACUGCCCGAGAUCGUGACCUUGUUUUACCGGUUGCUCAAGUACUUUAACGGGAAGCAUCCGUUGGAAAUACUUUUGGUGCGCGAAGGUUUGUCACGGCAGGAGUUGCGGCGGCUUCUUGCCGCCACCGAGGAGUAUAUCAUUUCUGUCAAGCAUUGGUAGGCAUAGUCGGAGCAUCACCGAUAAUGGGAUGAAUAUAUGCGGUGGACAAAAUUGAAAAGCGCUUGGAACUUGCUGUAGAUCCCAAUCCAUUACCUUUUAAUGUG